CAAUUGCUGCACCGCCUUUUAGUUAUUCUUGGUUAUCGGAACCUAAGGGCCUGAUGUGACAGUCAUAUGGAUUGUUAAGCGGAAGUACUCGAAAGAUCAAGCAAAGCUCCAAAUCACAAGAGCUCAGAUUAUUCCUAAGAUUCUUUUGAGCGAUGGCGAGUUUAUUUCUCCACGAACUCGGAGAUGGAUAGCGGCAAGAAGCAGCGACACCACUUCGUGCUGAUCCAUGGCGUCUGCCACGGCGCGUGGUGCUGGUACAGGGUGGCCACCGCCCUGGAGGCCGCCGGGCACCGCGUGACGGCGCUUGACAUGGCCGGGUGCGGCGCCAGCCACGGGCGCGGCGAGGAGGUGGCGUCCUUCGAGGAGUACAGCCGCCCGCUGCUGGACGCGGUGGCCGCGCUGCCGGGGGGCGAGAAGGCCGUCCUCGUCGCCCACAGCUUCGGCGGUCAGAGUCUCGCGCUGGCCAUGGAGAGAUACCCGGAGAAGGUCGCCGUGGCCGUGUUCGCCACAGCCACCAUGCCCGCCGCCGGGAAGCCCAUGACGUACGCGUUCAAGCAGAUAUCACAAGGGAAAGGGCCAGAUUUCUUCAUGGAUUGCACGCUCGGAACCACCGGUGAUCCCCAGAAUCCGGAUAAGACGUUUCUGUUCGGACCAAAGUACAUGGCGCGGAGAGUGUAUCAGCUGAGCCCUCCUGAGGAUCUGACCCUGGGAAUUGCCAUGGUGAGGCCGUCGCGGCGGUUCCUGAAUGACGAGACGAUGAACGGGGACGUCCUCACGGCAGAGAGGUACGGCGCGGUGAGGCGCGUGUACGUCGUGGCCGAGGACGACGAGUGGAAGCCGGCGGAGACGCAGCGGCUAAUGGCCUCGUGGAACCCCGGCACGGAAGUCAGGGGGUUGCAGGGAGCUGACCAUAUGCCCAUGUUCUCGAAGCCGAGGGAGCUCUCAGAAUUGCUCAUGGAGAUCGCCAAGGACAAGCAGAGUUGAGGAUUUCAAAGCAUCAUCCCCUGCUUAGAGAGCUGGUCUAUCAUCAUGUGCCUAACAGCAUUCAACAGAGGCCGUUGGCGUUCAUGUGUGAUUGUUACAUUCUUCUUCAGCGUACGAUAAUAUCACAGGAGGUUUCCACCUAAA